AUCCCUAAGCACACAGCGACAUUUAACUGGUUCCGCGCACUCAAGGCCUUUAUCGGAGGUUAGACGAGUUGUGAUUGUUGCCCCAUUUUUUUACAAAUGCAUAGCCUCUGGCUGAUUUAGCCCUUAGGGCUAAAUCAGGGCGGAUGAACGUCAAGAACAGACCAGCCACCGCUCCAACGCCAGAAGCUAUUUAGAGAGAAACACAAUUAUUUGCACAACAAAAAGCACCAGAUUCCUGGUGUGUCUAUCUGCAGGUGCACUGCACACAAUAAACAAUCUUGGGAUUCGUGGAAUGCACAAAGCGUGAUUAAUUGCCCCGAUCGAAGUCGCAGAAAUAUCACAUUUUGAAUUAAAACUCAGACAAGGCCUCUGAUUAGGAACAAUUGCAUGAACAAUCCUAAUAUUUGCGUUUUCUUGAUAAGGCGCGAUUCGGUGAUUUGUGCGCGAAAGCGGCACAAAUCGCCCGAUGUCGCCUGCAGCAGUACAAGCCAGCACCGAGCAGAUACACCAUGCUAGUGCAGAAGAAGCCGCAAAGCCAGCCUUUCAGCGACUUUUCAUCAUGGACGCAACUUACGACUAUACGGAGGUUUACCAAAGCCUGCCGGCACUCACCUCGCUUGCCUACGGCAUGGGGCACAUCCUCAACGACGUGUGCGCCUCCAUGUGGUUCACCUAUCUGCUGGUCUUCAUGCAUCUGGUGCUCGACUUCUCCAAUGCGGAAGCCGGCGCUCUUCUCCUAGUCGGCCAGAUUGCUGACGCACUCGCCACCCCCUUUGUUGGCUAUUUUAGCGAUCAGGGCGACAACUUCUGGAUCUGCAAGUAUGGCAAGCGGAAAACCUGGCACUUAAUCGGGACAAUUUGCGUGGUUCUCACCUUUCCGUUCAUUUUCUCGCCGUGCGUCCAAUGCGGCAACGCCUCCAAGGGGAGCCGCCUGCUUUACUACUCGAUGUUCAUCAUUAUUUUCCAGUUCGGGUGGGCGGCUGUCCAAAUCUCCCAUCUGUCGCUUAUUCCCGAAAUCAGCCCCAACGAGCACGACAGGACCAGACUGACCGCCGUCCGCUACGCUUUCACUGUGGUUGCCAACGUGCUGGUCUACGUGGUGACCUGGUUGGUUCUCCACAUCGGGGGCCACGACAGCAACAAAAUCGACCACACCGACGCUCAGAAAUUCCAGUACGUCGUUCUGAGCGUCAUGUCCUUCGGCACCGUCUGCUCCAUUCUGUUCCACGUGUUCGUCAAGGAGAACCACAUCGGCAACGCGGAGUUCCAGGACGUGCGCGGCACCAGACUUCGCACAGACUUCCUGCAACUCUUCGGCGAUCUGCAAGUCUAUCAAGUGGCCUUCAACUACAUGUGCUCCAGACUGUUCAUCAACCUCACCCAAGUCUUCAUCACUCUCUAUCUGCACGAAGCCCUGAACAUGGUGGCCAGUUCACUAGCCAUCAUCCCGCUGAUCAUGUACAUUGCCAGCCUGCUCACCUCCUUCGCCAUCGAAACCAUCAACAAAACAUUCGGGCGAAAGCUUACCUACAUCUUCGGCACGAUGAUCGGAGUGGGCGCCUGCUUGUUCAUUCAACUGGGCAGCGGGCCCUUCUACACGAACUACCUCAUCUAUCUAGUGGCGUGUUUUCUGGGCGCCGCCAGCUCCAUAGUGCUGGUCUCCAGCCUGGGAAUCACCACGGACUUGAUCGGCACCAGGACCAACUCGGGAGCGUUCGUCUACGGGAUCAUGAGCUUCGUCGACAAGCUCUCCAAUGGGAUGGUGGUGGAAAUCAUCCAGGGCCAGCAUCAGGGGGCUGAAAACUCCUGGUUCUACCGGGACAUUCUCACCUACGUGUGCGGAGGAUCGGUUUUAUUCGGAGGCAUCGCUGUGAUAUUCCUCAGACGUCCGCUAAGCGUCAGCGAAUCUGCACAAGACCUACUCUUUGAAACUGAGCAGGGAAACGACGCUAUUAACUAAUUAAGUAAGACGUUUUCAAUACUUACCGACUCACCCUUGACUGAAGAUCUGAAGCUCCUCAUCCAGGAACACACUCUGUAAAGUAUUAAUAGUUUUAUAGGAAUAAAGUAUUACUUAACCAGUA